UUGACUGAAUGUUACACUGGGCGAAUUUUUUCUUAUUAAGUAGCCCCUAAAUUUAUUUCUUGUAUGCCUGAUUUAAAACUUUUAAAAACCGGUCUUCAUGUAGGCCUAUUUGCCUCAUACCGGCCUUAUGGCAUUGGUUUGGGUUAAUAAUUUAAUCGUGACGCGUAUUAAAUAUGAAAAUCUAGCAUUGAUGUCUAAAUGCACAGAUUUAACACUAUAAAACAAGCUAGCAUUCAAGCAUAGUUAUGUCAGUGUUAUGGGCAUAUGUACGCAACAAAGUCCUAUCGAUUGAUGAAACAAUCUCAGUAAACUAGACACCUGCCAUUUCCAAGUAUUAUCAACUGGAAUAUUUGCAAGCUGCUCCUUAGACAAAUGCGCUGAUUGCAAAUCUGUUGUCAACGAAAAACACGCAUAUACUUAACAGUAAUGGUUAAAAUACUGCUUUGAAAUGCAGACAUAUGGAACUUAUAAAAUAAAAUGUCACCGAGAUUUUAAUUUCCGAAUCGGUCAUUGUGCCACAGGCUACAAUGCUUCUUAGUUACCUAGCAACACCUGACACUUAUCAAUCUUCCGCAAGCACUAUUUAACGAUCCUGAAUAGGUGUCGCAAGAAUGUGCCCAAGCGGCACUUCUAUUUAUUCAGAGUCCCUUAUAUUCAUUAUCAAGGUCACUUUGCAAAGGUAAGUUCAUGAACUGCAUAAAACCGUAUUGAAGCGUCGAUGUUCUUUUGUUGCGGAUUAAUUUGCUUGAGGGGCUUCGUGACGUCAUUUGGCCUGUAUCAUGACUUGAAGUGAAUGUCAACAGCAAGAGUGAAUAAUCUGCAUGGUGGACAGUGUCACAGCAUGAGUUUGGAAGUAAUUGUUCCGUCUGGGUUGACAGACUUGCUUACGCCGUUCGUAGUGGCUGUCCUGCGAGAUGGACCGGACGAUUUGGUGGAUUUUGCUGCAAAUUACUUCAAUGAACUCCGAGAAAAGAGGCAGGGAACGCUACCAGGAAUGGGAAGGGGAGUUCGUUUUGUCCCUGGUUCCGACGAUGAAGCCAUGCAAACGGACUCUGACGAUGAACCAAUGCCAGGUGAGAGUGAACGCAAAUCUGUUGUCAGCACUCAUUUGUUGUACAAGUGAUAUAAACCGCAAUAAGUCGUUAGGAACACCAGUAAUUAUAUCGCUGUACAAAGGUAAUUGGUUCGAAGUUUUGUUGAAAGGUGUAUAAGUCUCCAAUUUGACAUUUUGCCCCAGGUUACAUCGCCCAGCCAACCAAAGGCUGAUAACUUACUUGAUAAAGAAAAAAAUCCCUUCUCUCAGUGAAAACCAGAUUUCAGCACAGGUGGAGGAGAACAUGUGGUUCAGUACUUUGUGUAAAUAUUGUGCCAGUCUUGUAACAUCCCACAGAAUUUUCUCCUCAAAUAAUUGCAAAC